AUGGGACAAGAAGUUACUAAACCUCAAAUAAAAAAUGUUGUUCCAAAAGAAAUCAUUGAAGCAUUAAAGAGAAAUAAAUUACCAGAAAAAGAGUUUAUACAAAAGAUUGAAACACCAAAUAUAUUAAUGCCAAUCUUAUUUGAAUAUUUCUUUAAAAGAAAAGCAUUCAUUGAAGAACGACAGGAAAAAUUAUUAGUUAAAAUGGAACGAGUUGAAAAAAUGAAUAAAUUGUGUUUAGGAAUGGCUGUUGAAGCACCUAAAAAAAUGAGUGGAAUGGUUGAGUUACCAAAUAAAGUAAAACAAGCAUUAGACUCAUUAAAGCUAAUAGAAAAACGAGUUAGUAUAAUACAAGAACAUACUAAACAAAUAAAAGUAACACUUAUGUUUAUAAAGAAGAAUGUAUUACAAUAA